AUGUCGUAUACGAGCUCGACAGAGCAGCAUGUAGAUCUUGAGUGUCAGCGGGAAAAAUGUUUGUUCAAAGCACGGCUGCGCAGGUUUAUGUUGCUCAUUAAAGUGCAUAGGGUAUUCAUCUCAAUCCCAGCUGACAAACUCAACAAGUUUGCUCCGCAAGUGUCAGUCUCAUCCUCGUCCUCAUCAUCAUCAGCAGCAGCAAAUGCUCUGUCUGUGCCGCCUUACACUGCUAUCUCCUCUACUGCCGCCAUUAAUGGUGAUGCAGAUGAAUUACAUGUUCAAGUGUCAAUAGAGGUCCAUUCAGAUUUGUCGGAGAAAGAGGAGGACUGCAGUAGAGCGAGGGAUCAAGCAAACCUGCUACAAGCAAGUAUUAUGAAAAUAGUAAAAGACAAGGACAUGGAGUCUUUACACAGCUUCGGAGGUGUUCGAGGAAUUGCAGAAGAUCUUUGUACUAAUCUAGAGCUUGGGAUUCGCGGCGACCAAGAAAGUCUUGAUCAAUUUCUAUAUGGAGGAAGUGCAUUACUUUCAACAACAACACAGGCAACCAAUGCUCCUAGACGAGGCUUGUUUGGAUACAUAAGACAAUAUUGCAACAACUGCAACAUCCUACUUCUCUCUCUGUGUGCGGUGUUGUCCAUCGGAUUCGGGAUCAAGGAGAAGGGCUGGAAGACCGGCUGGUAUGAAGGCGCAAUUAUAGCCGUUGCGAUUUUCAUACUGAUACUCGCUCCUUCCAUCCGUGAUUUCAUGAGCGAACGAUCACAGAAGAUUUUGGAGAUGCAUAAACCAAUUGAUGAAACAGCACUUGUGAUCAGAGAUGGAUGCCAAAAGGAAUUAUCAAUCUCCAAUGUUGUGGUAGGUGAUGUGGUAUGCCUCACCAGCGGCUCUCCAAUCCCUGGUGAUGGAUUAUUCAUUGUUAAUCCUGGUGAUGAUCAAGUCCUCCUUGUUGUUGAUCAUGAUGGUUUGGAGUCAACAGUUGAUGAGAAAACUCCAUUUUUGUUCUAUGGUGCAAAGGUGAUUAACGGCAACGGACGAAUGCUGAUAACUUCUGUGGGAAUGGAUACGGUAUUGGGGGAGCUGAUGAGCAAAGUUUCCAAUACUCAUAACAAAACCCCAUUACCAGCCCAACUUGAAAAGGUUGGCACAAUAACACAGAUAGCUGCGAUCUCAAUCUCGAUUCUAAUCCUGGUAGUGCUGUUCCUCCGCUGUAUGCUUGAAGGCAAACAUACUACUAAUAAAAACUCAGCUGAUCUCCCAGAACUAAAGAAUACAGCAGCAACCAAGGGAAUUAUUGACAUCAUCAAGAAAAUUGCCACAGAACCAUGUGGAAAGAUCAGUCCCUUGACAACUUCACUCGCCAUUUUGCUGGUAGGAAUCCAGGAGCCAAUUCCUUUUGUCAUCAUAUUAGCCGUGGCUUAUAGGAGAAAGAAGACGUUUUCUUGCAAGGUUCACGCUCAGGAACUAUUAGCCUGUGUCACAAUAGGCUCUACCAAAAUCAUUUGCACCGAAAAAUUAUACCAGCCGGAGGUUUCCAUAUGCUAUGUCGGUGAGAAAAACAUUCAGAAAGGCUGCUGGGUCGACUCGGGAGUAGCUACUUGUGUUCGUGAAGCUCUAUGCCAAUGUAUCAGCACCCCAAUUCUGAUGCCAUCAAUUCUUGGUAGAUCAAUAGAAGACCCGCUGCUUCCAUGGGCUUCCUCAGAAUUGGGGAUGGAUAUGGAGAUUUCGAGGCAAAAUUCCACCAUUCAAGAGAUGAAAGCAUUGAGCUCAGAUGAGGAAGGAAGUGUAGUAUUGAUGAGGAAGGUCGACCGGGAACAUGGAAGAUAUUAUCAGCACUUACACUGGAAAGGACCUGCAACCACAAUAUUAGCCAUGUGUUCCCAUUACUAUGAUAGAAAUGGCGAAAUAAAGGACAUGGACGAAAACAAGAGAGGGGCUUUUAAACAUAUUGUUGAAGGAAUGCAGUCUGACCAUCUCAGAACUGUCGCCUUUGCUUACAAGGCAAUUGAUGUUUCUAUUCUACAAGAUAAUGACUUGAUCUUAGUAGGAAUAUUAGUAUUGAAAAACACAUGCUGCACAGAGAUAACAGAUGCAAUUAAUGCUUGUCAAAAUGCUGGAGUGAAAAUCUUACUUGCCUCAGAAGAUGAUAUAUCAGUUCUGGAAAACGUAGCUCACAAGUGUGGAUUAAUGCUUCCCAACUCAGACAGGCUUCAAGGUGAAGUAUCUUUUACUGAGAUUUCUCAUAUUCUUGUGGACUAUGCCAGAUUGAACAAGACACAGUGGGGUUUGUGUCUUCUAAUGGGAUUUGUUUCGUUGCCAAUCGAUUCAGCUGUGAAAUUGACAACGAGCUUCUUCAAGAUUCAUCCACUCCUCCCUAAUAUUGUUGGAUCUACAAGCUUUACAGCCUCUGUUCCCGCACAUUCAGAAUCACGAGUUACUAGUUCUCUAGAAGCUAUCACAGCAGGAGAAAACUCUUAA